CGAGCGAGUGAGUCAGAGCACGGAAGUUGUCAUAAGGAGCUAAAAAGAGCUGCAGAGAGGGCUGUUGAUGUUAUAACCUGAAAAUAACUCUCUCUUCUCGCUUACAUACUCGAGAACUGCGAGUGUUUCUCGGACCGUGAGCGAUAUAAAGAGCAGGAGACGUCCGCGGUUUUAGGGCAGAGUUUAGCGGCGAGAUGGAGUGGUUUGGACGCGGCGUGUUUCAACCUGAACCGGACCGAAAGGAAAACAUGCCCCGCGCACACCCACACGAGCCCAGUGCGGAGAGCAUGGCGUCUCUGUGCCUGAGUCAGCAGCACUGUGUGAAGGCCUCGAUCGCGUCGCAGUGGCAGCUGGCCGAGGCACAGGACCAGCUCUGCGGUUUGGAGCUUCACAGCUCCGAGUCAGUGGAGCAGGAGCACGCCCGAGCCUUGGCCUCCUCCACGGAGCUCUCACAGAUCGAACAGGAGUGGAGACAUAAAGAGACGAUGCUGGGACGGAGCCCCACUCUGUGCCCGGAGGCCAGCCGAGAUGUGUUUGACAAGAGUAUCAUAAACCGUUCACGGUCUUGGCCUAACGAGUCCGAUCACGAUAAGAACUUAAGCUUCGUCCAGCGUAAUGAAGAACUCUUGAAACAUUUUGGUAUGUUGAGGAGGUGGGAUGACAGUCAGCGCUUUCUAGCAGAGUACCACCAUCUCAUCUGUGAAGAAACGGCCAAUUACCUGAUCCUGUGGUGCUUCCGCCUACAGGCAGAGCAGAAAGAGGCAUUAAUGGAGCAGGUGGCUCAUCAGGCAGUCGUCAUGCAGUUUAUUCUGGAAAUGGCCCGCAACACUCAGCAAGACCCACGAGGCUGUUUCCGUCAGUUCUUUCAGAAAGCCAAAGCAGGGCAGGAGGGAUACUUGGACGUCUUCCACACAGAACUCAACGACUUUAAGCAGAGAGUUAAAGAGUAUACCAUGAAAUCAAAAGGAGAAACCCCAAAGGAUACCGUGCACCAAAACACACUGCCAGGCUGUCGCCUCGACCCCAAGGAGGUUUUGGAGUCUUUGCCACCGGAGCUGAAAACAUGCAUCCAGAUGCAGGAUAUGCAGAUUCUUCAGAACGUGCUGAGCAGCAUGAACCCGCAGGUGGCAGAAUACCACGUGAAGCGUUGCUUGGAGGCAGGGCUUUGGACGAAUAUACCACGAGCCUCCAAAGAAGAAAGUUCAGAAACGGACGAGUGGAGAAUGAUGGAGACCUAGCAGUGGAAACUAUCAGGCCCUGACCAAACGUUCAGUAGGAAAACAGCUUUGGGUUGCAGGACAAGAAGAACAAGGGCUGUGCUCAGAGACUUUUGUUUUAUAUCUGUGCCUGGAUGCGUGCUGCACUUUAUAUUUGUUUAAAAGAGAAAGUAUUUUAAAAGAGAUAGGGAACUGUAUUUUGAGGCACUUAUAUUUUUGUGCACAUUUUGUUACAUUUCUGUUGCUAACUUUUUCUUCCGUUUUAGCAUUUUGAGAAAAGUUUAGGAAGGCGGUACGCUCAGGAGUGCAAAGGAAAACCUCAUAGUUUAAAUCAAGCUUUUUUCUCAUGUUCUUUUUGUUCUCCGCCGUAGAAUUGUAAUCUACAAUGUCCACUGAACAUUCAAACUCCAGUUGCUAUCUGGGAACUGUUUCAUCAUGUGUCAUCUGUGCAUGGACACGGCAGAUAACAGUCGGCUUCCUGCAGAUAGACAAACGACACUAAGGCGAAGCAGGACCUCCCACUUUGCUAUCUUCACGAUGGAAAUGAGACCUUUGCAAAAAGUUCAAGUAGUACGACAUGAAAACCAGCAAUAUAAUAUUGUUACCUUCAGUUAUAAUGAAAGAGAUUCAUGUUCACUAUCAAAAUGUAAACUGGAUGCUAAAGACACUGGGGCUGUUGAGUUUGAUAUGUCAAAUGUGACAAAUUGGGAUAGUUCACCCAAAAACAAAAAUCGUCAUUUCUCAAUCUUAUGUUGUUCCAAACCUGUCUGACUUGAUGUUGAACACAAAAAAGUUUUAUUCAUACGUUGACGGUCAAUGGCAUCCAAUCAGAGUUGUUUUGGACCCCAUUGACUUUCUUUCAUUAUAUGGUCAAAAAUAUUCUUGCAUUUUCCAUGUUUGGAACAACAUGAGGGCGAGUAAAUGAUGACAGUUUUCAUUUUUGGGUGAACUAUCCCAACAAAUAAGACCUUCAGAGAUGCCAUUUUGCCUCGCCAUCAAACUGACUUGCAUUGAUUGCAGCAAUUGUAUUGAAACACCGCCGAUGCUGUUUGCUUUUUGCAUCCAGCUAGUUUGCAUUUCUUGUGCUGCACAAAAAGCAUAUACAGCAAACCACGAUUUGUGUAAUAGUAAAUGAUGGCUGUGAUGACAUUGUGCAAGUCUUUACAAUCAGAUCAAAAUACUCAAUUAAAUCUUUAGACCACCAGUA